AUGCGCGGCCGCCCGGGGUUUCCGGUAACGGUGCGAGCGCCGGCCGUGCCGAGGGACGGAUGGACGACGGAGCGGCGGCGGCGGGUGGCGCGGGGCGCGGGGCGCGGGGCCGUGGCGGCGUUGCUGUCUUCCCUCCUGGUCGCGCUGCCCCUACGCUGCGCAGGCCAAACUAAUCUGAAGAGUCCGCAGGAUAUUCAGGUCUAUGUUGUAAAUACAAAUUUCACUCUAAGGUGGAACUACACUGGGAGUGAUACCAAUGUGACAUUUUCAGCAGAAUACCGAUGGUUUGAAGACUUUGUGACAAAUGAAACAGAAUGGAAGGAGUUGCCCGGGUGUCAAAAUGUUACUCACACGGAAUGUGACUUUUCCUCAGCAAUAACCAAAUACUAUGAUACACAUCAUGUGCGUAUAAGGGCUGAAAGAAGGGAAGAAGUGUCUCCAUGGUCUAGCACUUUUGAAAUGAAUCCGUAUCUUAUAGCUCAUAUCGGUCCCCCAGGAGUAGAGUUGCAGUCCAUAAAUGGAGUCAUAAAAAUUAAGAUUUCUCCUCCAGAAGCAAAUCAGGUCCGAAAAAUGUGGAUAGCUCAUCUACGUUUUAAAUAUAAUCUCGUUAUCUGGGAAAAUUCAUCAAAUGCAGAGUUCAGAAGUCAAAGUAUUUUUCCUACUGACACAAUUGAUGAUCUUGCACCAGACACUACCUAUUGUUUGAAAGUUCAGGCAACCCUUCCUUUGGACUUGCAAGAAGGCUUAUUCAGUCCUAUUCAUUGUGUAAAAACUACCCAUAAAGUGAAUGACCUACUCUGUGCAACAGAUGUGAGCAUUCUUGCUUUGAAUAUGAAAUUUCAUCUGCAUUGGAAUAAUCGGUAUAAACAACAUGUGAGCUACAAUGUACAGUAUCUCAUUGGUUAUCUAAAGAAACUUCAUGAUGAUUACUCAAUGAAGUGGCUCAGUGUACCUGGAUGUGAAAACAUCACUGAUACACAAUGCAAUUUCUCAUCUAUCAUCUCUACUACUUCCGGAAUUUAUUAUCUUCGUGUGCAGGCCAUGAGCGAAUAUAAUAAAUCAUGUGUGUCUAAUGAAGUAAAAGUAGAUCCUCUGAUAACAAAUGAAAUUGGCCCUCCUGGUGUAAAAGUGGACAUCAGUGAUGUUUUGCUCCAUAUCCAGAUUUCUCCUCCAGGAGGAUCUGAGAAUGAAGUCAUGAGGGACCAUUAUGACUUGUCUUACCGGAUUCUGUAUUGGAAGAAUUCAUCAAAUAAUGAGGAGGAAAUCAAAAUGAAAGAGAUAAAACAGACAAUAGGGACAAUCUCUGAUCUAACACCCUUGACUUUGUACUGUGUAAAAGUACAAGCCUUCUCAGAAGUUUACAACAAAAGCAGUCAUUACAGCAAAGAGGAAUGCAUCAAAACACCUGGAGAUAAAAUUUUACAUCUGGUUAUUUUAGCAACAUUUGUAACUGCCCUGAUUGCUGUCUUUCUGGUGGCUACACCGCUUGGUUUUGCCCUGUACCAAGUCUACAACAAAAUCAAAUACGUGUUCUUUCCAUCGUGCCAGCCUCCUUUGAACAUAGAGGGUUUUGGAGGACAGCUCUUAAGCAGUCCUUAUCUGUCAACUACAGAAGAACCAAUAGAAAAUUGUUCUAUAAUUGAGACUAUCAUCACAGAAGAAGUAAAUCAAACUGAUUUUAAAGACUACAUACAUUCUAAACAGAGCAGUCGAGAUUCAGGAAAUUACUCUAACGACGAUACUUCAGGGAGCAAAGUGUCAGAAGAAACACUAGAAAAGGAAAUAGUAUAACUUCUAAGAAAAUAAAAUUCAUAUAUGGGACUGGCAGUGUAAUAAACACUUAAAAAUUUUUUAUUAUGAAAGUCGCAACCUAAGGAAGGCAGUAUGACUUUGGGAUCUUUGUCUUCAGGUUUCCAAAUCUGCACUUUGUUAGUGGAAAGUUACAUACCCUCUCUGCUGCAAACUGAUUAAAGUUAAAACACAAUUGACUCCUUGUACCUUACGCCAUUUUGACUGACAUUUCAUCAUAUGAUAAAAAGAAUACCAUCUGCGUGAAGAGGAGCAGAUCUGUACACUUUAUAUACUUGAACCUGAUAACCUCGGCGAAAGCCUACUCCUGUUCCACAGGAAGAAUUUCUCUUUAUCUUAGAAGUUUGUUUUGAAUGCCAGUGUGUACUGUGACAGAAGCCUUAAAUUCCAGUAUUGAAUCGUAAGAUGUUUACACAGGCAGAAGGAAAUUGAUGGAUACAACUUUUU